CGAACUUCUAGCUUACUAUUUAUCUGUAAUUAUAUCAACCUCUGAAAUUUCAAUUUUGAACGUUUGUUCUACUCGUUUAGUUCAGUGUGGCUUUUAUGAAAAUGGUUGAAAUCACGCCUUUAGAGUCCAGAAUAAUUAGACAAGUUGAGUAUUACUUUGGGGAUGUAAAUCUGUCACGUGAUAAGUUCAUGAAAGAGGCUGUUAAAGAGAAUGACGGAUGGAUUCCUAUGGAGACAAUGAUUAAAUUUAACCGUCUAAAGUCUUUGUCAGAGGAUGUUGAGUUCAUAAAGAAGUCAGUAUCCAAGUCACAGUCCGGGUUGAUUGAAGUAGGCGAAAAAGGUCUUCGAAGAAAUCCUGAAAUGAAAGUUCCUGAAACAUUUGAGACAGCUCUUAACAGCUAUAAAGAAAAUGGUGUCUAUGUUAAAGGCUUCUCUCCUGACGAAAAAUUGGACGAAAUUAUUGAAUGGCUUGAAAAACACGGUGGCAAAACCCUUGAUGUGCAUAUGCGCAGAUUUCCACGAGACAAAAAGUUUAGGGGAAGCAUAUUUGCUAUUUUUGAGAAGAAGGAGGAUUCUGAAAAGUUCCUGGCUUCACCAGAGGCUGCUACUUUCAAAGAAAAAGCUAUGGUUCGUUCAACCCAAAUCGAUUAUUGGAAACGCAAAGAAGAAGAAAACAAGGCUAAAGUUGCUUCACAAGCCAAAAAGAAAGCUGCACUUGAAGCUAACCAGGAAGCUCAAGUUAAUUCUCGAAUGAUUCGUGGAGCAUUACUUGAAAUCGUUGGUCUCCCAGAAGCCACAAAAAGUAAAUAUCUGUUUGUCCAACUUUACCAAAACAAUAUAACUCAUCAGCAAAUGCUACAUAACCGAUUGUAUCUCUUAAAUGUUUGUAAAAACCAAGAAAACUGACAGUGUCUGAUCAGAUUUUGGAAUCCUAGGUUCCUGGAGAGGGGUAAAAAAGCAGAAAUAUUUUCACCAUUUCGGAAAAGUACCGAAUUUUCGUAAAUUCCUUAGUACCUGAUUGUUCAAUCUAAUGCUUAUGGCUCAUCUUAGAGAAUUCGUUGUACGUGGAUGCGAAUCUAGUCAGGAUUGGUAGCAAAAAUAUCAGAAUCAAGGUAUCAUUGUUACUAGUCAAAAUUAAUAUACUUGGUAAACAGAAAUAAGUAUUUCAGAAGUUUGAAAACUCUCAAUGAAUACGACUGGUGUACAAAAACUAUAUAUAAAGGCGAUCGAGCUUGCAUAUUGUGCACACAAACGGCUAGUUGACGAAAUAAGUUGAGUACAAUUCAAAUCAUCACUCGAGCUCUCAGAAAAUACUUAACUGUUAUAUAGUGUACUCAGUACAUAGUGUGUCGGUUAUAUGUGUUGGUCAUUUGAAUCUUCCCACUGAUGUUUAGGACUGCGAUUCAUCAGUCUCUUUUGCAUAUGUGCCUCCUGUUCGGAUUGCUUUGGUACUUCGACUAAGUUAAAAGCGUUUCUAAGCAGUGAUAUGUAGUGGCUGGUAUUGAAACCCGGAAUGUGCGUUUCGUCCCGUUUGGGAACCUUUUUGUCUGCUUUGGUUUGAGGAGUUGGAUAUCAUUAGCUAAUACUGGAGGUUUCAAUGCUAAAUCCAUAAACCUGUACUUGAUAUAUAAGUUACAUGAGAGUAUAGAGGUCUUGAAAAACAUGUGACCUUAGCGUUGAUUUAAUUUGUACCAUGAAAUACGGGCUUCAGUGAUUUAAAUAUAUGUUACAGAUAUAGUCCAAGCAUUCUCCACAUUGCGUAUUAUUUGACUGUGUGGAAUAGCUUGAUAGUUGUUAGUAUAUGAUAGUGUCGUGGGAUGAAAGAAAUUUUCGUAAGAUUUGUGUCUUCUCCAUCACGACUUCGUUGUUUGGGAUCUUAGUAAUCAUGCAAAUUUUGUGCUUAUGACUUUAGCAGAUUUACUUUAUAAUUAAAAUGUGAUAAUCCGACUGUGAUGGAAUGGAACUUUUUGACAGAAUAGAAUCUAUCUUGGUUGUAUUUUUUAAAAUUUAUCCAUGUCUUAGUAAUUAUUCUUUUUUAUUUGUCUAUUGAUGAUAUGACUGUCCCACUUUUUAUCUCUUCAUAAUGUUGUAACUUUACUUUUACGAUGGGUUUUCGGUGCCCUGUCGUACAAAGUUGUUUUUUUGUACAGUCCUACUCAGCACAAACUUCAAGCAUGAAUGGAAGUGUUCGGCUUGGUUGGCCACUGAUAUCACUUCUAUGGUAGGGAAAAAAGUCGUUUGGGUUGUUAGUUUUUCUGUAAUAUUUCAAUGGAACUAAUUAUCAUUCUGAAUAGAAUGUUGAUAUUUGCUGUUUUCUGUUUUUUCUAUCUUCACACAACUCUUCACUUUCUAGAAAAUGAUGCAGUUGAAGGGGAAGACGCUACAACUGAGAAAUCAAAAGAGUCGUCAGUGAAUGACAGUAAAGACUCAGAAGCACCAACAGUUAUGAACUUAAAACAGUGGUUAAACGAAAAGGUAAGGUAAUAUGGCGAACAUUUUGUUAUGUGGUGAAAGUUCGUUAUUUUGUUUGCUUAAAAGACUGCUGCUACGAAAUUAAGUCAAGUUCUUUGGACUUUUUCUCGAAGGGAACUUAGGAUAUACAAGUGAUACUGUUUAUUAUGCUUUGUUUGAUUCAUAUUUAUUUAUCUUUUUGGAUAUUUUCACAGCUUGACUCAAGUACUCCUGUGGGAUGGAUUGAUAUCGAACCAUCUGAGGGAAAAGCUGUAAUACGAUUCAAACAACCUGAUACAGCAGAAAAAGCAUGGGCUAAAUUAAAAGAAGCAUUUGGCGAUAGUCCUGUUACUUAUUUAAACAGUGAAUUAUCAGGUCGCGUAAUUACUGGUAAUUGUCCAUAAAAUUAAUACGUUUAUUCAUACUGUGAACUGCAUAUUUCACUCAUAAGUAGUUAACUUAUGGAAUGGAGUGAAUUUGUCUUGCCACUAAUGAGCACCCGAAAUUUGCUAGAUAUUACAUCAUAUAAAAUCAUUUUAUAUAUAUUUUCCACGUCAUUUGAUUUGUUAUUAAUCUACUGAUGUUCGUCAAACUAAAAAAUCAGAAACAAUUUAUGCGGAUUUCAGUAAUUACCAUAUUACGUAGAUGAUCUUUUGCGAGAGAUUGUGUAAAUAAAAUGACCCAUAAACUCAUAAUAACGACUAUAUUGAAGAUGUGAUCAGCUCGAACGGAGCACAUUAAAAUUUCAUCUUGCUUUUGUUUACCAUCUAAACAAGACAAGUUAUAGUACAGUAAGUCCAAAUAAAAUGGCAAAUAUAAUUUCGUAGCACAGCAAAUUAGUUUUCUAAGUUAUCUAGUUUACUUCACCAUACUGGAAGCUUUUUGAUAGACUGUUUUUGUUUUGGAAGGUGACGAAGAGAAGAAUCAGUGGAAAGUGAUCCUGGCAGCUCAGCAACAGAAAGCUCAGAAACGACGUGGAGGACGUAGUGUAAGUUGAUUUCAUUCGCUUUUAUUAUUUGUUAUUUAAACACAGAUUAUUAAAUUUGUGUGGGCUGAGAUACAGCCCGUGUGUCCAAACCGAAGCUGGUGGUUUUCUUUGUAGACCACUCCCCGAACAUUUGGCUUAUGGGUCUAAUUCACAAAGCAGUGGAGCGACGUUGGGAGAUGCGGUCCCAUGAUAGCUAGUGACCAACAAUAUGUUCACACACCGUUUGUUCCUUCAGGAUCCUUGAACUUUGGUUUGGAGUCAGGAUUUCUCGACUCCCCUAGAUAGAUUCUCUGUACCCAUCAAUCCGGUUCAAACCCCAGAUAUUUACUUUUCAUCCUCUCCAUCUCUUAAUCAACACCCUUCACGAGAAAGCAGUGAGUAGGAUUACCUUAGCAGUGGCUACAUACGUGUGAACAUAUGAGAGCAUUUCGAGAGGGAGCAUAAACUCCUCCCACCGUUGGUCGUACCAGGGCAUUCGGGGACAUUUAUCUACGCAUAACUGUCAUUGACUUCCUUUGUAACUAAAAUUUACCAAUCUUAUUGUAAGAAAAUUGUUGUUUCCUUCAAAAUAAAAUUUUAUCCACAUAGUUUUGACAAAGUGUAAAUAAAUUUUACCGAUGAUAAUAUUCUAUAUAUGGAUAACUAUUGAAUCUCAUAAUAAAAAAAGUCGAUUUAAAAAUUAGUGAGAGGAUAGUUUCGUUUUCAAUAUUUGUUGAAGGAUUUGACCAUUUUCGUUUGCUAAAUCUCUUAUAAUAUAAAUGCUGGAGAAAAUGAUACUUUCUGUAAAACCUUUACACAUCAAUCGCCUUAUCAUUAUGGGAAUGGUUUAUAGAAUGUCCAUCGGGAAUAAGCUGCUCACUUCCUGUCAUAGGAAGCGGCAGUCACGUGUUGCGUAUGCCUGAACACCGAUUACCACGACGUCCAAUGCUAACCGGCGUUGGGGAUGGUUAGAAGAAAGUCAGGGGCGGCCAAACCAAAACGUGGCAUCAGUAGUUGAAGACACUAGCAUCUGGUCUGAGCCAUGUUGGUAGAUGCAAACUACUUGGUUGGGGCCCGCGUGACUAUCGUAACCAAUUGUUGGAGACUGUGGAUGACAUGUCUCAGAAUCGCUCACAAUGGUGUAGGUGUAUACACUCUUCGUCUUCCUUUAAACCGUGAAAUUAAAAUUACUUUAUACCUUUCUUUCUACGUACUAAGUUUCUCUUCCUGUACUAUAUCCUUAUAUGCAAUCUUUCUUUUAUAUAUUGUCACCAUUGACUUAACUACUCCUAUGAAUCCGGCGUUCAUCGUGCUGUGCUAAUGCGGUAUGGCAACUUGGACCGAUGCAUAUUUGUGCCUGGUCCUACGUUGUAGCUGACUGACUGACUGUGGCUUAACAGUCAAAGUACAACUUUUAACCAGUAGAUCACAGGCUUGAAUCCCACCUCAUCUACUUUGAAUAUUUUGUGGUUCACUAGGUACUGAUUUGCGUAUUUGGCUUUAAAUCAUACUUUAUGGGCUAGUAAUACUACUUGGAUACUUAGAUAAAAGCAGCUAAAGCGAGUUUUGAAUAUGCGAUCUACUGUCUGAAAGUUGAACCCCUUAGUCAUUGGGUCACCAUCGCACCUUUGGUUUAGGCAACCGAGUAUUAUUACCAGUGUAAUCUAAAACGCUGGGUCCAUAGACCCUUACUUGGUGAAUAUGUCAUAUCAUCAUCCUUGCGAAAUAUCUGGAAAUUCGAUAGGUAAGUCAAUGAAUAAUUAAAUACUAGGAAGUUUUAUGCAAUUUUCGCCGUUUUAAAAGUAAGCAUUUCAUUUCUAAACCAAUUUUAAAAAUUGGUAGUAAUCUGAUAAUAUUAUCUUUAUUAAAAGAGCCAGGCUGAUAACGUUAACUCAUUACUGGCUUAUAACGAUGAUUACGUUAAAUAUAAUAAUCUCUUUUUUCUGUCUUGGCUAUCCAUGUACAAUUCCAAUUCACAUCGAUUAUGAGUGUUCACCCAAGAAAUAGUUAUAAGCUACACGCUUGAAUUAUUAAUAUUAACUAUUGUGAGGAAUAAAAAGGAGGCUGAAAAAAGUUUAGAUGUAAACAACAUGUGAAUUGUUUUAGUCAGAAUUUUGAUUGGGAUCAUGAAUGGUUCAACAUUAAACCACCAUUGUAAACCUGGGAGCACUGAACGGCCGUUUUGCUAUGGUAUGGGUCUCUUCAGCAGUGCGCAUCCACGGUCCCGCAUGCGGGAUUCGAACCUAGGACCUUUGUUCUCACGCAAACACUUAACCUUUGAACCACGGUGUUGAUGUCUAAAUUCCAUCGAUCCAUAAACAGUUCAUUCAUUCUCUCAGGUAGAUACCCGACACGAAUCGAACUCUACUGGUCACGGCUUCUCAUUAGAACUCCAGGAAAUCUAUCUUGAAGCCAGUCACUAGUGAGUACAUGAUGAUUGUCAUCAGAAUGGGGGUUUGUGGAGAUUGUAGUAAUUUGAGUUAGAAUUACCUGAAAUUAUAAGUAUAUAUAAGUGGGUACAUUAACUGCCGUAGUUGAAAUUCAUUCAGGAUGGUGUGGCCAAUAUACAUUGAUAAUAACCACUAUUUUACUUACCUGCUAGUAAUUCAUGAUGACAAUAAUACUUUCGCAUUUUGAUCAUUAAUGUGGUGGUUGGAGACAAUAACUUACGUGUAAAGAGAAAUUUAUAAAUGCUAAGAUCUGGUUAUUUAAUUUCUUAAUUCGACUUUAAUGUUAACUUUGAGAUAAGAAUAAAUACCAAGUUAUUUUUACUGGAAGUAUAAUAGUUCGAUUAUCUUCACUCAUGACUACCAUUUAUUACUUGAGCGCUGUAAUAUUCCCCAGACAUUCAAAAGAGAACAAAUGGUUAUAUUAUGCACCCUCAUAAUCCUUAUGUAAUCAUUUAAUCCUCAAAGUUGUAAAGCGUCAUUAAUGUAUGCUAUCCCGUAGCAGCCAAUGACCAAUGAUUCCCUUGAGACAUUGCAAUCCAUAUAUAUUAUUGAAUUGCGACCAAGGUUUCCAGACUGUACAUAUCCACCAACUCGGAUUAAACGUCGAAAGUCCCCCCUUGCCCCACUUUUAUUAAAUCUUCACGUGAGGGUAGUAAGAUUUUUCUGGAACUGGUUAUGUGUGUGUCUAGAUGAAAGCAUUUCGGUAGAAAAGAUCAGACUAUACUCUUUCGGCAGUACCAAAUCAUUUAGAGACCUUCUCUUGACAAAUAUCUAUCAUAAUUUAUUGCUAAUUACAUUUAUGUUAAUCCUUUUUAGGAUGGAAGACAAAUUCGUAACAAACGACGUCGUACGAACUAAGUAAAAUGGAACAGAUUGAGCUCCACUUACUACUGACUUCAUUACUGUAUAUUCAUUAAAAAUAAACUUUACUUUUAAAUAUUUUCUUUCACACAAAUAAGAGAAGCUAUGUAAACAGCGAUCAUUUGUAAUGGAAAAUAUAUGUAUUUGGUUUGAGAA